AUGAGGACCAGCGCUGAACUCCUCCCCUCGGGGGAGGUGUACAGGAGGACGGGGCCGUCAUACACCCCGGAUAUCAGAGAGAGGGGCGCACAUCUGACCAAAAAGAGGGACAACAGCGGGGCGGGGGGUCCUGACGGUGCUCACCAGGAGGAGGCGGCACUUCCCGCACUGACCACCAGGGGGGAGAGCGGAAGUUAUUCAAUACGCGAGGCGCAGACAGGAAGUGAUAGUGGAAUCUUCGGGGAUUAUAACAUUGUUGUCAAUGAAGAGUUAAAGGAGGAGGAUGAGGAGUACGGGGUGAUGAAGGAACUUUUUGAAGAACAGAAGAAACUCUACAAGGACACUAUGACCGAGCCACCUAGUAUGAGGAACCCACCAGAGAGAUGUCCCCGUCGUUUGUCUUCCCAACAUUCCACACAGGAAGGUCUCACCGUCCCCCACCAUGAUCAGGGUGAAGACAUGAAGGAAGUGAAACUUGAGGUGAAAGAAGAAGAGACGAGUGUGAAGGGUGAUGAUCGGUCUGCAGUGGAAGCCGGGACAAUGGUGACUGUGAAAGUAGAGGGAUCGUCCAUAGAGAUCAGCUCAGAUGCCCCCAAUGUCUGGAAGACCUCGAUGGGCCGAGUCGUCUCCUCUCCACGUACAGAAGAUGACGGCAGAGGACAAUUUUCUCCGGGUGGAAGUCCUGAUAACCAACAUCCAGUGACUCACCCCAAACUAGAGUCCUCCACAUGCUUACAUUGCGGUCAAUAUUUUAGAGAGCAGCGUCAUCUGAAGGCCUACUCCUGUACAGAGUGCAAAAAGUCCUUCAAGAAAAGAGCGGACUACGUCAGGCAUCAGAGAGUUCAUACCGGCGUGAAGCCCUUUUCCUGUCCGCAGUGCGGGAAAUGUUUCUCACAAAAAGGACACCUCAGCAUCCAUUUGAAACGUCACUCUGGCGAGAAGGCGUUUUCCUGCCCCGAGUGCGGGAGAGGUUUCAUUAAUAAGUCUACGCUUAUUGGCCACCAGAUAAUCCACACCGGCGAGAAGCCGUUUUCCUGUCCCGAGUGCGGAAAACGUUUCUCACAGAAAGGACACCUCAAUAUCCAUUUGAAACGUCACACCGGCGAGAAGGCGUUUUCCUGCCUCGAGUGUGGGAAACGCUUCACUCACAAAUCUACACUCAUCAACCACCAGAGAUUCCACACCGGCGAGCAGCCGUUUUCCUGCUUAGAGUGCGGCAAACGCUUCACGCGGAAAAUGAAUCUCGACCGACAUCAGAAGAUUCACACGGACCCGGCUUUAUUCUCCUGUCUGGAGUGCGGAAUGCCCUUUAGAGGGAAGUCUGAGCUGAGGAUACAUCAGAGAAGUCACGUCGGGAAGAAGAUCUUUCCAUGUUCAGAGUGCAAGAAGUCAUUUAUUAGCAACUACGAACUCAUUAGACACCAGAGGACUCAUACGCGGAGAAGAAGCCGUUUCAAGGUUCCACACGCGGGAAAUGUUUCUGCACUAGAGGACUCCUCAACGAAUGACUCUGUCCAUAACAGUCCUGUGUGUGGGGCACAGAUGAAGACGUUUUAUAAACUGCAGAUGCACCCGGAAGUGACCUCGAUGGGCCGAGUCGUCUCCUCUCCACGUACAGAAGAUGACGGCAGAGGACAAUUUUCUCCGGGUGGAAGUCCUGAUAACCAACAUCCAGUGACUCACCCCAAACUAGAGUCCUCCACAUGCUUACAUUGCGGUCAAUAUUUUAGAGAGCAGCGUCAUCUGAAGGCCUACUCCUGUACAGAGUGCAAAAAGUCCUUCAAGAAAAGAGCGGACUACGUCAGGCAUCAGAGAGUUCAUACCGGCGUGAAGCCCUUUUCCUGUCCGCAGUGCGGGAAAUGUUUCUCACAAAAAGGACACCUCAGCAUCCAUUUGAAACGUCACUCUGGCGAGAAGGCGUUUUCCUGCCCCGAGUGCGGGAGAGGUUUCAUUAAUAAGUCUACGCUUAUUGGCCACCAGAUAAUCCACACCGGCGAGAAGCCGUUUUCCUGUCCCGAGUGCGGAAAACGUUUCUCACAGAAAGGACACCUCAAUAUCCAUUUGAAACGUCACACCGGCGAGAAGGCGUUUUCCUGCCUCGAGUGUGGGAAACGCUUCACUCACAAAUCUACACUCAUCAACCACCAGAGAUUCCACACCGGCGAGCAGCCGUUUUCCUGCUUAGAGUGCGGCAAACGCUUCACGCGGAAAAUGAAUCUCGACCGACAUCAGAAGAUUCACACGGACCCGGCUUUAUUCUCCUGUCUGGAGUGCGGAAUGCCCUUUAGAGGGAAGUCUGAGCUGAGGAUACAUCAGAGAAGUCACGUCGGGAAGAAGAUCUUUCCAUGUUCAGAGUGCAAGAAGUCAUUUAUUAGCAACUACGAACUCAUUAGACACCAGAGGACUCAUACGCGGAGAAGAAGCCGUUUCAAGGUUCCACACGCGGGAAAUGUUUCUGCACUAGAGGACUCCUCAACGGCCAUAUGA